AUGGACGGUCGUCUAAUACGCAUGGUUCGGGAGCGUGCGGCGGAGCAAGCACCCGCGAGCGGCCAGCAAGGAGGAAUCGGUGAAGGAGGAGCUGAGCACAAGGCUCCUGGUGCCGUGGGCAUUGAUGGAGGAGCCGUUGCACCGACCAUUGACACGGGAAUGAUCGGGGCGAGCUACGGCCAAUUCAAGUUUGGAGCACAUCUCCGUAACGCCGCUGCUGGAGGGAAGGCACGACCUUACCGCACCCAGCUAGCCCAACUCAGGAAGGGAGAUGAUGAGACGGCGGAAUCCUACUGCAAUAGGGCCCGCACCAUCCGAGCGGAGCUGCUGACCAUUGGACAGGAGGUCCACAUGGCCACGUUUGCCGCUCACGUGCUGAAGGGUCUGCCACCAGAGUACGGGUUCCUUCGCCGCAAGCUAGACAUCUCCAGCCCCGACAUGACGGUGGAACGUGUGUGCAGCGAGGUGUUGAUGGAAGAGCAGACUCUCUCCAUCAAACAUAGUUACAAGCAGAUCACCAGCGAUGCAUCUGCUUUCUCGGGAGCUGUCAACACGGUCGUGGCUACAAUGGGGGUCAACAACGGGAAGGAAGGAAAAGGGGGGAAGGAGCAGACGGACAAGAAGAAGGAUGGCAAGCGGGAAAAGAAGCGAGGCUCCUUCAAGGGGCGCUGCUACAACUGCAAUGAGGAGGGGCACAUGGCUGCCAAGUGCCCCAACAAGAAGGAGACGGGAAGGGCAUGGCGCUCACCGUCGCGUCUCUUGGACAAGGGAGCAAAGCUGCAAACCGAGGAAGGUGUCACUCGCAUCAUCGCAUCAGGAGGUCAAGUGGCUGCAACGGCACGAUACCGCCAUCGCCUUCACUGCCUUGACCUGAAACCGGGGCCAGCAAGGAACGGUGCAACGGCUGCAGCGGCAUGCAACUGGACGGCGGCUGCAGCGGCAUGCACCGAUAUGGCGGGUGGAGCGGCGAGCAACGGCACAGGGGCUGCAGUGGCAUGCAACGGCACGGCGGCUUCAACGGCAAGCAACGGCACGGUGAAGGAGAUUGCUGAUGUGGCGUCAGGCAAGCCGGAAGCUAAUGAUGGAGCGGCCAGCCUCAAGACUUACGUGGUGGGCUCCAAGGCAACGCCCAACCUGUGGCACGCUCGCCUUGGACACGUCCACUUUGAUGCGGUGAAGCGGACAGCCAUGAGCGGUGGCGUGUUCGGUAUGGACCUGGAGAAAGGAGGUGAGGAUAUGCCGAGCACCUCCUGCCAUGAAGCCAAACUCACUCGCGAAUCAUUUCCGCUGCACAACGAGCGAGAGGAGCAAGUUCUUGGGCUGCAAGGCACCUACUGCACCUCCUCCUUUCGGUCCACCUCCGUUGCUGAUUCGGCGCCCGUGGGACCAGAAGAUGGUCCCCUUGAGGAUGGAGGCGAUACGGCCGAUCUUGAGGCGGACGGAAGAGUCGCAGUGGAUGAGCAGCCGCCAGUGGCUCAUGCGCAUGAGCCGUCACUUACAGCUCCUCCCAUCCAGCCCAUUCCACAACCCCCACGUCGCUCCAGCAGGCCUAACAAGGGGGUGCCACCCGUUCGGUUCCAGCCCUCAGCCCUGACGGCCCAAGAUGCGGACGAUGAGGAGAACCCGUACAACAUGGCGUACCUUGCUGAAGACGACUGCGAUACGGACAGCGAUGACAAAGGGGAGUACCCGGACGAGGAUGAGGAGGAGGAAGGCGCUUGGGGAGGUGUCAUCCUCGACCUGGCAGCUGCGUUGACCCGACCUGGCAGCUGCGCCCUAUACUACAAGGAUGGGGCGAGCGGGAAGCGCGUGUGGCUGCUAAUUUACGUGGAUGACCUGCUAGCGGCAAGUGAAGACAAGCAGCUGUUGCAGGACUUGAAGGAACUGCUGGCCAAGGCGUUUCAGCUCCGUGAGGUGGAGCCAGUGGAACGCUACCUGGGGCUGCAGAUUGUGCGCAAUCGCCCCAACAAGACACUCCUCCUGCAUCAGAAUGCGUACGUGACGAAGGUGCAGCAGCGGUUCUUCAAGGGGGCGCCACCGAAGAAGCAGCCCAUCACCCCUCUCUCCUCCGCCAGCUUUGCCAAGCAGGAUGCCGGGAAAUUUGCCGACCAAACCAUGACCGAGUACCAGACAGUUUCUGCUAAGGCGCUGGUUAUGGUGCACACGAUUUUCGAACUGGAGACCUUUUGA